AUGGCAGCGUCGUUUGGACAGGUCUGACUGCUCCAUUCACGCGCCGAAAUCCCGCCUCCUCCUCAUGCCAACAAGACGUGACUUGUGAAGAGAAAAAAGUAAAUUUUUAUAUGUAUAGCUGUACUUUCAGUAGACCAACAAGACAUAAAUACAGCCAUGGAUCCACUCGUGGGUGCCAUUGACCAGGGUACGAGUUCUACAAGGUUCCUGGUGUUCAAUGCCAAGACAGCGGAAUUAAUCAGCCAACACCAAGUUGAAAUCGAGCAGCGUUUUCCAAAGGAGGGGUGGGUGGAGGAGGACCCGAAGGAGAUUAUACAGUCAGUCUAUGAAUGUAUCGAAAGGACUUGUGAAAAGCUUCACCAGCUCAACAUCAACAUCAGCAACAUUAAAGCGGUGGGAGUAACCAAUCAGAGGGAGACAACGCUUGUUUGGGACAAAGAGACAGGAGAACCUCUCUACAAUGCUAUCGUUUGGUUAGACCUGCGCACACAGUCUACUGUGGAGAGGCUCAUUAAUAAAGCACCUGGCAAAAACAAGAAUCACCUCAAGCACAAGACAGGCCUUCCCAUCAGCACCUACUUCAGUGCAGUGAAGGUCCGUUGGCUGCUGGACAAUGUGGACGAGGUGCACCAGGCGGUGUUAAGUGGGCGUGCCAUGUUUGGCACUGUGGACUCCUGGAUCAUUUGGUGCCUGACGGGUGGCAAGAAUGGAGGAGUCCACUGCACAGAUGUUUCUAAUGCCAGUCGCACCAUGCUCUUCAACAUUCACACUAUGACCUGGGAUCCUGAGCUCUGCAGUUACUUUGAUAUCUCAAUGGAAAUUCUCCCCAAAGUCAAAAGCUCCUCUGAAAUAUACGGCUUGAUGAAAACAAGCAAACUUGAAGGAGUGCCAAUCUCUGGGUGUCUUGGCGAUCAGUCGGCAGCCCUGGUUGGUCAGAUGUGCUUCCAGGAAGGCCAGACCAAAAACACAUACGGAACAGGCUGCUUCAUGCUCAGAAAUACAGGACACAAGCCCGUGUUGUCGGAGCACGGCCUGCUGACCACUGUGGCCUACAAACUGGGGAAAGACCAGCCUACUUGCUAUGCUUUAGAGGGUUCUGUGGCCAUCGCUGGGGCUGUGGUUCGAUGGCUGAAGGACAACAUGGGCAUCCUGCAGUCAUCCUCAGAAAUUGAGCAAUUGGCUGCCACCGCAGGAACGUCUUAUGGCUGCUAUUUUGUGCCUGCUUUCUCCGGCCUCUAUGCGCCAUAUUGGGAGCCCAGUGCACGUGGCAUCAUCUGUGGCCUCACACAGUUUACCAACAAAAGCCAUUUGGCUUUCGCUGCUCUGGAGGCCGUCUGCUUCCAAACCAGAGAGAUCCUCGACGCAAUGAACCAGGACAGUGGCGUUCCUCUGGUGCAGCUGCAAGUGGAUGGAGGCAUGACGUCUAACAGAUUACUGAUGCAGCUGCAGGCUGACAUCCUUGGAGUGUGUGUUGUGAAACCUUCCAUGUCAGAGACAACGGCUCUAGGGGCCGCAAUGGCGGCAGGGGCAGCAGAGGGGGUCAACGUGUGGAGCUUGAGCCCCGAUCAUCUCCCUCGCAUCGCUUGUGAAAAAUUCCAGCCUCAGAUCAACCGUGAUGAAAGCGACUUCCGCUUUGCUCGCUGGAAGAAGGCCGUCCAAAGAUCCAUGAAUUGGGAGACCACGGAGCCAGGCUGCUCGGACAACGGUAUGUUGCCCACAGAUAACCAUCAAUGAUGGGGGAAAAUGGCAUCAGGAUGUUUUCUGGAGAAAGACUGAGUGACAUUAUUGUCUACCAAGUGGCAGCUGGAAAUGAAGAGUGGAAAUUGUGGAGCAACUAGUGGACAUCUUUAUUUUAAAAAAAGGGAAACAUGGUCAGGAGCUGGACUGUUAUACUUAAAGAGGAGCUGUGGCGGCAAUGGCAGACACCGGACAUUAUUUCUGGUCAUCAUUGUCCUGUGGCAUAUAAAAAAUGAAAUAUAUACAUGAAAUAUUAUAAUAAUCCAAUAUUGAUAGUCAAGGAUAAUAUAUUGAAAAUGUUACAUUCAUUUUUUUAGCAUUUGGAUAAUCAGGAAAUGUAUUAGUAAAGUGAAACUGUAUAUUUAAAAUAAUCAAGGAAAAUAUAUUGGCCUCCAAUGUGUAUGUAGUAAACUACAUGAUUCAAAAUGUAUCAAUAUGCGGGUUUUAACUCAUACAAUUAUUUAAAAAAUAUAAGUAAAUGCAAAUAUUUAAUAUAAAUUACAAAUAUCAAUAUUUCUUAGUUACAUAUAUUUAAGAUAAAAAAAAUGGAAUUGUGUCCAGACUUCAGGGAUUUCAGUGUGCCCAGUAUGUAGCUAGUCAAGUUAGAUCAGUAUGCGUGAAUGCAUUGAUUCCUGGAAUGGAGACUUUAUUUGUGGAAUAAAAAGUUGUAUUUCUUUCACAGGUGUAAACGCACAUCUCAAAUAAAGUCAAUUAGAUUCUGGUGUUUCAUAUUUCAA